AUGUCAACGACGAAAGAGCAGCUUGCGCGACAGCUACAAAAGUACCCACAUGCCGCCUACUCCGUACAACAGUUCGACCACUCUGUGAAUGGCCUCUACAAUGCUACCGAACAACAUUCCAGUCGAAACCAAAUGGGACCAUCUGAGGAGGCUAAGAUUCCGCGUCUAGGAUAUCCAACGCACGUGGAUUUGGCCACGAAACACCUGCGUCUUCAC